UCACCUAAAUUUUAGCAUUAAAGCUAACAAGCGGAUUCACUCAGAUGCUGAACUAUUUAACGGCGAGGACAGUGGGAGGAAACUGAGGUUGAAAUCUGAUGUGGAAAGAGCUGGUUUUUAGUUUCUUCAUGUAGCCUGUGCUGUCACACCAGCUACAUCGCUAAACUAGAAAAACCGCCUCCGCCAACCAGUCAAGUUUACAUCCAUGUCUGUCCAUAUAAUGUAUUUAGUGAAGCCUUUGAAGAAGUUUAAUAAAAGGUUUUUAAGUGUAUGUUGUCGGAUUUAGUGUAUGAUUUCUGGAGUCAUGGCCAAAAAUGUAACUUGAGAAGUCACAGUGAUUUCGACCUUUGACCUUUGAGCAUCAACUUCUGAUCAGUUCAUCCUUGAAUCUAAGGGAAUACUUGUGCAAAAUUUGAAUUGAGUUCCUUGAAAGCGUUUGUGAGAUAUCGUGUUGACGAGAAUGGGACGGGGCCAACAACCUGCAGCUUCCGCGGGCGGUGUGGCAUUAAAAAAAAAAGGAUGUGGUUUGUGUGUCUGCAGGGUCAUCGUGCAGCUGGCUUUGAUAAGUCUUAACUGAAUUUGUUGCCGUUGAAUUUCAGUUUCAGUUUUUGUUGUGGGCUCUGAAGUCAUGCUCCAGAAUUAAACGAAGGAGUUUACUGAAGUUGUUCACAUUGUUCUGAGGUGAAAUAAUGAGGCGUGAAAGUGAAACGGAUGCUUGUCAGAUUCUGGGAACACCUCACGCAUUAUUCUAAAAGUAGACACAUUCAUCUGCAGCAUCAAGGUCAAAGUGCAGCUUUGAUCGUUAGUGUUGUAGUUCAGACGCCUGAGGCCUGAUUCACUUUUACCGCCUGGAGGAUGCUGUCAUAUAUGACUAAUCCCUCCUCUUCCUGCUACAACAUUAACAGUUUACUUACAGCAGCUUGUUGAAAGUAAAUUGUGUACAGACAUCGGGUGCAACUGCACCUUCCUCUUCCGAGUGCACUGAGAAAUAGACUGAAAGGUGACGGAAAGUCUGAACUUCCUUUUCACAUCAUCUUCACUGAAAUUCUCACACCCAGGCUUUAGCUGUGGAGCGUUAGUCACUGUCACCUUCAAACUGUGGUCAGGUUUUAACAGUGUGACAGUCCCUUAAUACCAGAAACUAGGCUGACUGAGCACUAGAUAUCAGUUCAAUCGUGCAUGUGUGGCACAGCAUGUAACAAGCUUUAUUUUUACAUAUUUCAACGUAGGCAAAUGACACAGCAUGCAAACAUUUACCACACCUCUUCCUCUGCCAUUUAUAUCUGAAGUACACCCACGCAACUAUAGGGCUGCAACUAAUCCACACUUUGUGGAUGAAUCAUUUUGUUUAUAAAACGCUGGUCACAGUUUCCAAAAGCUAAAAGUGACAUUUAAACAGCACAAACCCCCCUAAUACUCAGUUUACUGUCAGUUGAGCUGGAACCAGCACAUUUUUUGGCAUUUUCACUUAAUAUAUGACUAAAUAGUUGCUGAUUAAUUUUGCUUUUUUUUUUUUUUAUCACAAUACAAAAAUCUACAACAGAGACCCAUCCUCUCAGUCAUAUGCAUCUAUUAAAUAAAAUGUAUUGGAGAAAAAAAGGUUUUAAGAUGUUGUGAAGUAGAAGAAUAACGUAGCGUAACAUGGUAAAAAGCACCAAAAAAGAAAAGUUCAGCACUUAUUUGCGUUGUUUCUAAGAGUUCGAUGAGAAGCUCGACCCCACUCUCAUGUCUGUACUCUUAAGUAUGAAACUACAGCCACCUGCAGCUUAGCUUAGCUUAGCAUAACGACUGGAAACAGAGGGAAACUGCUAGCCUGUCUCUGUUUAAAGGCACCAAAAUCCACCUUCUAGCACCUUUAAAGCUCCCUAAUCAACAUGUACAAAAUAGUCCCGCUUAUGACUCCACAUAAAAUUGUGAAUUAUUGUCUUGUAUUGUCAAAAUUAGUCUAUAAAUAGCUUAUUAGCUAACUGAAGCUUACUCCCUCUGCUUCCAGUCCUUAUGCUAAGCUGAGCUAGCUGUCUGCUGGCUGUAGACGGUUGGUAUCGAUCUUCUUCUCUUGUCAAGAAAUAAAUGAGCGUAUUUUUCUGUCAGACUGCUCCUUUACGUACAUCAGUGGAUUUUAUUUUCCACUAUUGGAGUCAUAAAACGUCUGAAUUCGCAGAUAAAAGCGAAUUAAUGACAAACACAAACUGCUGUUACAUCAGCUAAUGUGUUUUUUUGGGGGGUUUUUCUCUGGUUUAUUUGAGAUAAGGUAUGAUAAGUUAUGUUUCCUGUAUAAUGCAUCGGUGAUAAGAGAGACACAGUCACAAAGAAACCACAAAGAAAGCUACACACUGAGAGACUCACAACAGUGUCACAUAUUUGCACAGAUGAGAGGAACAGGGUGUUUAAUGCAAGAGAAAAUAUUUGAUUAACAAAUAAUGAAUAAAAUGAGUGAAAACCAAGUAGGAGCUUGGGUUUUGUAGUUGUAGAAUUCGAUUUCCACCUGUUAAGAUGAUGAGUCUUAUAAUGUGAGAAAGAAAAGCAGCUGAACUGGAUCUGAUUUUUAGUUUUAAAGGGCACAAGUGAAAUUCAGCAGCUGUAAAAUGAAGCCAGGGUUGUGUAAUGUGUGAGAAACUUAGGGGGAAAAAAGGCAGCAGAAACUGGAGAAGAAUAAAAGAGGAAGAAAGAGGAGGAGCCAGCAGAGGGUCGAGAACAGGAUUCAGAGGUAAGAUAGACUCUUCCUGAGUUGAGCUGUUUGCUGUGUGGAGCUGUUCUCUGCUGUCUCUGUUCUCAGGCUAUGGACUAAACCUGCUGCACGCAAGUUAUUUCUCUUUUGAAAGAAUUGAGCCACAUUUCAAGAUGAGCGACCAGGACAGCAGCACCUCAGCCUCUCAGACAGAGGGAGAAUUUGAAGGAGAGACGGAGGGGGAAGGAGAAAGAGAUGAAAAACAGAGUGACGGUCUGGCCCCCAGUCUGUCCAACUUCUCCUCCUCUUUGCGCGCCGUCAUUCGCAUCAAACAGAAGUACCAGGCCUUGAAGAAGCGGCGUCAGGAGUUGACCCUGGGGCUGGGAGGAGCAGGGACCUACACAGGAGCUCCAGCGCGAACCAGCCCCAAAAUCUUCACCUUUGACGGACUCACCCCUUCCACCUUCCCCGCCAUGUCGUCCUCCAUCCCUCAGAGGAAAAAGAAGAGAAGGAAGAAGCGGGUGUUGUUUCCCAACGGAGGGGGGCGCAGAGCCCCACCAAAGCAGGAGCACAGCCGAGCCAAAUACUGCCUCUACCUGCUCUUUGCCAUCGUCUUUCUCCAGGUGUACAACGCCAUAGAAAACCUAGACGACCACGUACUCAGAUAUGACCUGGAGGGGCUGGAGAAGACUCUGAGGAGGGAGGUGUUUGGACAGCAGGGAGCAGUGGAGGGUCUGCUGUCCCACCUGAAGGACUACCUGUCCACCUACGUCCACAACAAGCCCCUGGUGGUGUCCUUGCACGGGCCCAGCGGAGUGGGCAAGAGCCACCUGGGACGCCUCCUGGCUGGACACUUCCGCUCCGUGGUGGGGGAGACGCUGGUGCUGCAGUACUACGUCCUCCACCACUGCCCCCAGGAGGCCGACGCCCUGCAGUGCGCCCACGACCUCUCCACUCUCAUCUCAGAGAUGGUGGAACGAGCUGAGGAGGAGGAGAAGAUCCCGCUCUUCAUCUUCGAUGAAGCCGAGCACAUGCACAACGAGAUCCUGGACGCGCUGUGGCAGCUCGUGGCCUCCAAACAGUCCAACGAAUACCUGAACGCUAUCUACCUGUUCCUGAGCAACCUGGGUCACGAACACAUCACUAAACAUAUGCUACACAACUCCUCAAGUAUUUCUAUGGCGAUGACGGCGUCCGGUCGUCAUAGUAACCUAGUAAAAGAGCUGACUCCAAUAUUACACAACACUCUGGAGAAGCUUCACCCACUGUGGACAGAGGCGGACAUCUUACCUCUGGGACUUCUGGAGAAGGGUCACGUGAUGGACUGCUUCCUGGAUGAAAUGACUCGAGAGGGGUUCUACCCGGAUCACGCCAACAUAGAGCGCCUCGCGGGGGAGAUCGAAUAUUACCCCGCAGUGGGGGGGCACGAAUAUUCCCAGACAGGCUGCAAGCAAGUGGUGGCCAAAGUCAACCUGCUGUGAAACGCCCAGCUGGAAAUGUUUGGAUGCUUCACAUUCUUUAAACAUGAAGAAACCGCGCACGAGAAGUUAGGGAGGUUACAAAACUUGAAUGACACAACUCAGAGCCAAAACUUUGCAGAGCAGUUUGCUCACAAAGGACAGUGAGGACGUUCUGCUGAGGGAAAAGGCACAAAUCCUGUGAAGAGGUUUGGAAAUGCCGAGUCCACACAGAGUCCAAAACAGAAAAAAACAGAUCCUCUCACUCAACUCUGGUCGUAUUCCUCCAUGAAGAUAGUUUUGGUUUUAAUCUGUCCACACUUAGAGAAAUCCUCCUCCACCCAAAUACAGCGGACGUGAAUGAAAUUUUGUUUAUGGAGCUCACAGCGUUAAAAAAAUGUAGACUGUCACAUCCUGUCUGUGUGUUAUCCACACACACUGCUGCUGAUUCCCACAGACGCUGGUGUUUCAGAUGGAAAUAUUUCAGCAAUAACUGGAUGGAUUCUCACAACAUGUAGCUCAGACCUUCAUGUUCCCCUGAGGAUGAAUCCUGGCCGUGGAACAUGGUCUUAUCGUGAGCUCUGAAAAUCCAUUCAGCAGCGUUGUGUUGGGGUGGAGAAAUCUGAACAGAUAAAAAACAAAACUAUCUCCAUGACUUGAUGCUACGAGAGGUAACUGAGAAUAAAAACAUUUUUGGGGAUUUGAGUGAACUGACCCUUUAACCCCUCUGAGAUAUUGGCAGCUCAACCAGACGUGAUGCUGAUGAAAAAACAAGUUUUUUGUCAGUGUGAAGGACAAUUAUUACUUUUCAUUCUGUGGUUUCAAACAGAAAAACAAGACGUAAGCAGAUGAGACCAACACUGAUUCUUUUCUGAGGGGAAGUUCAGGCAUUUCGAAAGCAUCAGUUACUAACACUCGUCUCAGGACGUCCAGAUGAAGUCCUGUUCUCUCAUGCGUUGACUGCAGCUUGACUUUAAUGAAUGCUUGUGCCAGUCAGCAGAUCGUGUAUUAUUUCAUAUUUCUACAUAAUCUACAACAUGUAAACCUGUGGAUUCACUUUAAUAUCAGAGUGAGAACUGCAACAGCCGAGUGACAGACUCCUGGUGGCUGAUCAUCGUCUCCUCAUUGUCUGAGAAAAUGUCGUCCCUGAAGUCUAUUUAUUACAGAAAGAUGUUUUUGUAUUGAUACACCGUAUGUUCACAUCAAGGACAUGAACUGUGCGUCAGCACUGACCCAAUGUCAGAAUAUCUGUGCCUUAAAAUUAAAGACAUCGUU